UCUCGCUCCCAGCGUCCCCUCUGUUCCAAGAUGGCGGCGGCGGCGGCGGCAACAGCUCGCUUCCGGUAGGGCCGGCGGAGGAGAGCGUGCGCUCGGCCGGAGAGAGGGAAGCCCUUCAGAGGGGAGCCAAGCUGCUGGUGAGAGACGCUGCUCCUGAGGCCUGACCAGAACCAUGGCCACCGUGGCAGCCAAACGGGAAGGCCCGCAGUUCAUCAGCGAAGCCGCCGUCCGAGGGAACGCCGCCAUUUUGGAUUACUGCCGGACGUCGGUCUCGGCUCUCUCGGGGGCCACGGCCGGGAUCCUGGGCUUGACCGGCCUCCACGGGUUCAUCUUCUACUUCCUGGCCUCCAUCCUGCUGUCGGUGCUGCUGGUGUUCAAAGCCGGCCGGCGGUGGAGCAAGUACUUUAAGUCCCGCCGGCCUCUCUUUACCGGAGGCUUGAUCGGGGGCUUGUUCACCUACAUCCUCUUCUGGACUUUCCUUUAUGGCAUGGUCCACGUUUACUAGGAAGGGGACGAUGCGGCGGCGGCAGCCGCUCCAGACGGGACAAGAGGACUCUUGCCAAAACCAUCACCUCCUCUUUGAGGCCAGAUCCUUCCGAGACGUCUCCCUGCUGCUGGUCCUGUCCACAAUUUACGUCACAAAAGUAGCCUGUAGCAUCCUGAUCUUCAAACACCAUGUGAAUCCCCGAGCCUUGAAAUGAUGCCUGCUGAGUAAACAGUCCAUCUUCCAGAGGACGUUUUCCUUUCUUUUUUGUCCACCCGCUCCUCUGCUCUGCCCUUUUCCCUAAGACUGCCAAGGUGGUCUUACAACAUUCUUAGCCUGCUUUUCAACCUGCAAUAUUGCACCCUAGCAGAAGUACUCGCUUGGCUCAAGGCUUUUAAAUCCCUUUCUCCUUUAUCCUAUGGUUCACCUCCUUUCUAACCAGUCUUUAUUUCCUAUUUUUCCAAUGCUGGUUUAGCUUUUCCUUCCUACUCGCACUCAUCCUGCACUUUCCGAGUAGUAGGACCUCUCUGUGGGUCCACACACUCCACCCCUCCUUUUCUCUUUUUAAUUGUUUGAAGGAUGACAGGCCCCUGCAGACGGGAACUCUUGCUGGAGCAGCCUAGAGGCCCUCUUGAGAAAUGACCCUUCCAGACCUGCUUGCAAGCAAGGGAAGUCUCCCACCCAACGCCUGAAACAGCCCUGAAGGCUAUAGAAAAGUUUCAUUUAAUAAAACAGAGCCAUCCAUUUUAAACAAAAUAACCCACAGAGGUACAUCCUUAGUGUCCGGUCCAGCUUUCAGAGGUCUGUAGUAGAAAAAAAGCUAACACCCAAAUGCACUUUAUAUUUUAUUAUUAUUAAAGACGAGGAUGAUUUAGCAAACAUCAGUAGAUGCUGGUAGAGGUCUACAUACAUUCUCUCCUGGAAGGAGUGGUGAAAGGACCCUCCCAUUUCUUGGUUCCCCUCCACUGAUGUUUGGAAGUCAUCGCAGGCCUCAGAGGGUGUCUGCCGUCCCUCCUCUCUGGGAAAUGCGUUUUUCUUCAUAGCGUUCUUGCUGUCAGGGUAUGUCAAGGGAGGCGAAGGCCACCCUUGGUGGUUGGCGAGUUGCUCUGACUGCCUCUGCUGAGCCCGCGCUGAGGCUCCCCGGGGUCCUUGUCCUGGUCAUCCCUCUGCGACGAGAACCACAGGCGGCACAAGUCCUUCGGCGAUGAGCCCCUCGUCGCUCUCCAGGUUCCCGGACGUUUGCUGCCUCGCCCCAUGCAGAGGGCUUGGUGUUCCGUGCCAGGUUUCACGUCCCCCCCCCCCGGUGUUACAUUUCCAUAUUGUGUUGGCCUUGUGUGUGGUACCAGCCACUUUGCGACCACACCUUCCACAACCGGGUUGUGGUAGAGCUGCCAUUUCCAUUCCCCUCCCCACCCCAGGAUUUGCUGCUCUUUGUAUUGAGGGGAAACGAUGCUUCUAAUGUUACUCGGUCACAAUAUAUGUCUUGUAUAUACAGCCUAA